AUGGCGAAUCGAUCGGACGCCGGUAGCUGCACGAGCCUCACCGUGGCAGCCACCGGACUCCGCCGCUUCACCGUCGACAGCUACUCUCUCACGAAGCGGAUUGCCUUGCCGGAUGACGGCACGGUCUACUACCAGUCCGGCGAGUUCAGCGUCGGCGGCCACGUCUGGGCCGUCCGGUACUACCCGGCCGUUAGAAACCUAUCGUGCUGCAUGUUCGAACCCGUCAUGGUGACGACGGCGCCAGGCUGCGCGAGCGCCGCGGCGACGUUCGUGUGCGCGCCGCUCGACUGCUCCGGCGAGGAGGUGAAGGGGACGUCGCAGUCGAUGUCCGCCGUCUUCGUGCGCGGCAAAUCGCCAGAUGCGUCGCUGCCAAUCUGUUUCAGCAGUGAAGACCUGGAGAGAGGUGAUAAGCUCAUCGUCGACGACUGCCUGACCGUCAAGUGCACCGUGUCCGUGCUCAAGGAUCCACAGGGGGAAGGAGAGGAACGAGAGGGCGACGGCAAGGACGGCGCCGUCGAGCGCCUCAGGGCGGAGCUGACGGCCGACCACCUCGCCGACGUGCCGCCCGGGCAGCUCGACGACGACGAGCGGACCAAGGCCAGGGCCUGGGCCAGCGACGCGAGGGAGCUGGGGUACGAUGUCGCGGACGCCGUCGACACGUUCGCGGCGACGGGCGGCGGCCUCCUCACGCGGCUUCAGGAGAGGGCCGCCAACCUGUCCAGGUCUCGGCCGGCGGCGGUCGUUGGGCCUCGCCGGCCGGCUGCUGUCGUCGGCCGUGGCCCACCGCCGCCGUACAGGAACGCCACGGAGAUCGUCGGUUUGGACGCCGCCAGAGACGACCUGAUCAAGAAGCUGCUAUGCGACGACGACGACGAGGCAUCGAAGCACCGGCUGAAAGCGGUGUCCAUCGUCGGAACCGCAGGUCUGGGGAAGACGACGCUGACCAGGAUGGUGUACGACACGCUCAAGCCGCGGUUCGGACACGGAGCCUUCGUGUCGGUCUCCGUCAAUCCCGCCAUGGACAUGACUUUUAGGAGGAUGCUCCGCCAGCUUGACGACGACAAGAACACGAGCGUCCACGGCGACGGCGAGGACCCGAGCGACGAGACGCAGCUCAUCGACCAACUGAGGGAGUUUCUACGAGACAAGCGGUAUCUCAUUGUUAUCGAUGAUAUAUGGGACCCACCAUCUUGGGAGAUGAUAAAACAUGUUCUGGUUGAGAAUUACUGUGGAAGUAGAAUAAUCACAACUACUCGAAACUUCAGUGUUGCUGAUCAAGUGAGAAUGCCAUAUGAACUAAAGCCACUUUCUGCAGACAACUCUAAGAAACUGUUCCUUCAGAGAAUAUUUAACAAUGACAACAAAUCAUAUCUCGAUGAUGAAUUUGCUCAAGUAGCCGAUAAAAUCGUAAAUAAAUGUGACGGUGUUCCUGUUGCUAUUCCUGCUCCAGCCAGUUCGUUGGCCGGUAAAACAGGAGAUAAGAAGCAAUGGCACAAGGUGUGCGGCUCCAUUGGUCCAACACUUGAAAACAAUGCUGAUGUGAAGAGUACGAGGAUGGCAAUUUCCAUGGGCUAUUACCAGGGUUCCCCCUUACCGUUCUUCCUGCGAAAACCCCUAUUGUACUUAAGCAUAUUCCCAGAAGAUUAUGAGAUUAGGCGAGACCGACUGAUCUGGAGGUGGAUAGCUUGUUUGAGCUUGGAGAAAGUUAUUUCAACGAGCUCGUGA